AUGGCGCACUCGGGGGCCGCCUGCGUACUCUAUCCGGGGGACGACCGCGGGCACUCGGCGCGCGGCCCCGCAGGGACCCCCGGGGAAGGCGGCCUGCACGCGCCCGACGCGGCCGGCGGGGAGGACGGCGCAGCGGCCCCGGCGGCGCCACAGGCUCCCUGCAGCCUCGGCGCGUCCCUGUGCUUCAGCUCCGCGGACGCCUCCCCGUCCCCUUCCGGGGACGCGGCCUCCCCGCCCCCGUGCCGCAGCGGCCGGCGGGUGGUGGAGACGCAGCGGGAGGUCGGCGGCGGCCCGGACGAGCCCGCGUCCCCGGAGGAGGAGCCCGCGUCCCCGCAGGAGGAGCGCACGUCCCCGGAGGAGCCCGCCGAGCCGGUGCCCGUGCCCCCGGGGGCCUGGGCCGCGCACGGCGAGCCCGACCUGGUCCUCGAGGUCUGCGGCCGCCGGCUGCGCGCGCACAAGGCGGUGCUGGCGGCGCGCAGCGACUACUUCCGCGCGCGCGCCUCGCGGGACGUGCUGCGGGUGCAGGGCGUGAGCUUCGCGGCGCUGCGCCUGCUGCUGGCCGACGCGUACAGCGGCCGCAUGGCCGGCGUGCGGCCCGACAACGCGGCCGAGGUGGUGGCCGGCGCGCGCCGCCUGCAGCUGCCCGGGGCCGCGCAGCGCGCCACCGACGCCGUGGCGCCGCAGCUGAGCCUGGCCAACUGCCUGGAGGUGCUGGGCGCGGCCAAGCGGCAGCGGCUGGCCGAGCUGCGCGACGCGGCCUACCGCUUCAUGAGCGACCACUACCUGGAGGUGCUGCGCGAGCCCGCCGUCUUCGGGCGCCUGUCGGGCGCCGAGCGCGACCUGCUGCUGCGCCGCCGCCUGCGCUCGGGCCGCGCGCGCCUGUCGGCCGCCGCGCUCGGGCCGCCGGCGGGGGAGCGCGCGGGCAGCCGGCCGCAGAGCCCGUCGGGGGAGGCGGGGGCCGCGCGCGCCGAGGCGGCCGUCUACUGCUACCGGGCCGAGGGCGGCUGGCGCGAGCUCACGCGGCUGCCCGACGGCGCGGCGGCGCGCGGCUGCGGCCUCUGCGUGCUCUACAACUACCUCUUCGUGGCCGGCGGCGUGUUGCCCGCGGGCCCCGACGGCCGCGCGCGCCCCUCCGACCAGGUCUUCUGCUACAACCCGGCCACCGACCGCUGGAGCGCCGUGCGGCCGCUGUGCCAGGCGCGCUCGCAGCUGCAGCUGCUGGCCCUGGACGGGCACCUGUACGCCGUGGGCGGCGAGUGUCUGCUCAGUGUGGAACGCUACGACCCGCGCGCCGACCGCUGGAGCCCCGUGGCGCCGCUGCCCCGGGGCGCCUUCGCCGUGGCCCACGAGGCGGCCACCUGCAACGGCGAGAUUUACGUCUCCGGGGGCUCGCUCUUCUACCGUCUGCUCAAGUACGACCCCCGGCGUGACGAGUGGCAGGAGUGCCCGUGCAGCAGCAGCCGCGAGCGCUCGGCCGACAUGGUGGCCCUGGGCGGCUUCCUCUACCGCUUCGACCUGAGCGGGCCCCGCGGCGACGCGCAGCCGGCGGCGGGCCCGGCCGCCGGUGGCGGCGUCAGCGUCUCGCGCUACCACUGCCUGGCCAAGCAGUGGAGCUCGUGCGCCUCGCAGCUGCGGCCCCCGGGCGCCUCGGCCGCCUGCGGCCUGCAGCCCUUCCGCUGUGCCGCGCUGGAUGGGGCCAUCUACUGCGUGAGCCGCGCCGGCACCUGGCGCUUCGUGCCCCCGCCGGGCGACGCAGACGCGGGUGAGGGCGGCAGCUUCGAGCCCGAGCCCUUGGGGGCCCUUCCUGAAGCCCGCGGCGUGCUCUUCCCGUUCGUCCUCAAUCUGCCCGAACAGCCCGAGCAGGGCGCGGCGUAGCGGCCGUGCUCGCGGUCGACGAACGCCUCUGGGGGUGGGGUGGGAGGUACCUGGCAGGUGGCCCCCUCGGACCCUGGGGGCCGCGAACCGUGCUGUACCAAACGUCGCCUUCCCACUCUGCAUUUCUUUGGCUUCAUUUUGCCGCCGCCAGGCUAGGGCAGCUGUGCCGUAGGCGACACUCCCGGAAGAGUGGUCUGGAGGCGACGAUGGGUCCCCGGCAGUGCCCGGCAGUACUGGGACUGGGCUGUGGGCAGAUGGGGAUUCCACACAGUUGGGUUGGUAAUGCUCUGCCAGGAGACCCCGUGCCAGCUGUGGCUGUGGCUAGAACCCAGGACAAGUUGCUUUAAAAAAAAAAAGUUUUAUUUUUUUAGCUUAAACUUAGGGCAGAUAACUGAAGCUGUGGUUUGGUGAAGGAACAGAUCCGUUGCUGAAGGGCAUCCUUGGCUGCCUGGCCUGGUGUGCUGUGUGCCCAGUGCCGCUCGCUGGUCCUCUCCACCCAAAGUCUGCCCCAUGCAUGCCAAGCGGGACCCCCCUGCAGCCUGGGCGAAUGUCAGCCUCCUUGACUGUGAACUCUAAACGUGAGGACUCAGGGGGCUCAUGGGAUCUUCCGCCAGGUGGGGUGUCCAAGCCCACCGUGGGACAGGGUAGGCAGGAGCUCAGCUGCAGAUCCUUCUGAGCCCUCACUGCCUAUUGGGCUGCUGGAGCACACCCCCUCCCCCAUUAGGAACCCUGUGUGUGAUUUUUGGGGGUGUGGAGCACCUGCCCUGCACCCCUCAGGCAAACAGGGUCCACCCCAACAUGGCUCAGGAGAAUGGCUGGUGCCAGGCUGUGGCCCCAGAGGUCAGGCCGAGUGGCCUGGGACAUUUGUGUAGAGUCUGCUGUCUAGAGCUGACCUGUCCCCGGGAAAGCAGGUGCGUGCGGAAACCUACGUUCCAGGCUGGGACCCAGGGGGCCCGGCCCAUCCCACUGGCUGUUCUCCAUCUUGGAAACCACUGGCAGCUUUGGGACAUCUCACAGGAACCGCCAGCGCUUCCCUACUCUGGGUCUGUGGGUUCCUUUGUCAUUUAUCUUCAGACAUUCCUUGGCUCUUUGUUAAGCCCUUACCUGUGUCGGUUUUGUUGGGUCCCUAGGAAGUGCAGCUUCUUUUGGCUGUUGUGCUCACUGUGAUGCUGGCCAAGGCUGCUGUCUUGGGUGGUGAGCACUUCUGUAACACAGUGUGGGGGCCUUGAGUCCCUCCCCCACAGGGGCACUCACCCAUGCUUUUCUGUUCUUAUAGAUGCGCUCUUACCUGCUGGGCUCUGAUUUGGGACUAAAUGUAAGGAUAUAUGUAUACAUUUUUUUUUCCUUUUCUGUUUUCCUCCAUGUAGUAUUCUGGCAAAGAUGAAGGCAUAAACUGCAAACUGGCAGCACGUUUCAGCUCAGAGUCACUCAUGCUUUCUCAGGGCCAGGUGCUGGCCGGCUGAACCAUGUUCCAGUAUUGUGCAGGCGGUGGUCUGGCGGGUGCCUCCGCCAUGCCAGGUGAACACCUUGUGGGGCGGUGGUCUGGCAGGUGCCUCCUCCACUCAGUGUGAAUGCUGGGUGAGGCGUAGGGCACCUCCUCCAUGCCAUGUGAGCUGGAAGUUGGGGCCAGAGCUCCUCCCUGGCUUGGUGAGACUCCGGAUACUGCCACUUGCUUACACCGAGUCAGCCCUGUGGCAGGUGGGGACGGGGCAGCUGUGACCUCACCCAACGGCCGUGUGUGUGUCCGUACUUGACCUAUAAAAGCCCAGGCAGAUCUGCUGUAGAACCCCCUAGUGUGUCCCUUCACGCUGCAAUGAAAUAAAUGGUGUGGAAUGCGCCUGCUCCUGGUACCUGUGCCUAGCUGUUCUCUCCCUGGGCUGGAGCUGGGAGGGCUGGGGCUGCUGUCUGGGCCAGGUCCCUAGGGCUGCAAAGGGAGCAGCAGAGUGGCCCUCUGCUGCCCAGCUCCCUGGGGAGGUCAUGCUCCCAAGGAUGUCCAGGCUGGGUGUGUGCUGGUGCAGUGGCCAGGCACCCAGAAUGAGGCUUGGCAG